AUGCUCUCGGGUAAAGACAACCCCAAGGAUCCUGUUGAAACGCAUGGGAGGUUCGAGGUUCGCCAAGAGACAGAUCAGAAUGCAGACGAAUUGGUUGCCGGUCACAUUAAAUGCUCAGUGUGUAGCAGUACCUUCCGACGGCCAGAGCACCUGAAACGACAUCUGCGGAGUCACACUAAGGAGAAGCCGUUUGAGUGUGCCCAGUGCGGCCGGCACUUUUCAAGAACUGACACCCUUCAUCGACAUGAGUUGAGUCACCAUGCACCAGGGAUAGGAGGGAAAGAUCGCACCCACCGCAUUACCGUCAAGACAUUCCGAGCAUGCUUUAGCUGCGCAACAGCCAGAGUAAGAUGUAGCGGCGGCACGCCAUGUGGCCGGUGCGACACUCGUUCACUCGGAUGUGAAUACCCCACACAAAGGCGGUCCAAAGCAAAAGACAUGAGAGAUUCAGGGCAAGAAGCCGAGGUGCAGAACGACAACCUCAAACCCAUGCACCAAGAUUUGAAUGCAGCUUCUAGGCAGAGCCAGUUUUCUAUACGCUUGCAAAAUGAGCCGGUAUCAUCCCGAAAUUUGCACAAUUUAUCAUCUACGCCCGGUAGUGAUCACACAAAACGAAUACCACAAAAUGGACACACCAUUGCAGACGCCUCGAAUCCUCGUUUCUAUCUCCCAAAUGAGAUACAAGGGCCGUCUGAAACACUGCCACUAGGUGUUUUCCCUGGAGGUAUCAAGCAGACAUAUGACAACUCGAGCUCUGACAUCUCCAAAGUAUUCCCUGUUGACUCAUCCAACAAUUUAGGCUCUGAAAUGAGGGAUAUCCAGCCGAGAAUGAACCCAGCAGGUGACAUCGAAAUGACCAUGGCAAAUAAUCCAGAGGUACCGCUAGAGUUUGAUCCCACGCUCUUUGACCAGUCCAUGCUUUCCACGAUCAAUUGGCUCCCUAGCGAAUUGCUUCCAGGCGAUCCUAAUGGCCACGCACAUUCUACUGGUGUUCCCUCGCAAUACGACCGAUCUCUCAGCCGAAGUGCCUACUUCUCUCGGGCAGCGUGGCAACCGCCGGUUAUCAGUACUGGGCAAAUCGGUUCUUUGCAAUCAGAACGAGUCUCUCAGACACCCUCUGUGCAUCUUUCUCAAAGAAAUAACAUGGGAAGCCCCAACCAAUAUUCCCACGGUAUUAGUGAGCCUUCACCUCAUACUGAGUCAGUGGAUUCCGCCAAGGGAUCAGCGGACUACUACGUUGAUGGUGCGCCGUCCAGACUCCCGAAGUACGGAAAGAAGCACACGCCUUGGCCCGGUGAAUCUGUAGAGCGGGCCGAUACUGGCAGGCAGCCGCUCAUUGAAGAUGACGAGUGCCGGUUCAACUUCCCUGUUAUAUCCGAACUGCGACAAGAUCAGAUAUCGGAAGAUAUAGCCCGGUCCACACGACGGAUCGAAACCACUACCUACGACGGAAUUUAUCGGCACUUUAUUCGGCUAUGCUGCAAUGAAACUCCAUUUUUUGAGGUAUUCGAAUCCGAGAGGUUUCCCACUGUGGACGAAUGUAACCAGUUCAUCGUCUUCUUCUUCGAUUCAUUCCAGGCCGUUUAUCCGAUAUUACACCUUUCUACAUUUGAUCCAAAUACAAGCCAUUGGCUCUUGACUUUGUCAAUAAUAGCCCUCGGUUGCCAUGUGUCCCACAUAUCCGAGACGGAGCAGUGUACAACUGCUCUCCACGAGCUGAUUCGGCGGGGUAUCUAUCUUGAGAAAGAAAAGAGUCGCGCUGGUCAGGCUUCUCUCGAGAUAUUGCAAGCUAUGUUGUUCAAUUGCAUUGGACUUCUCCAUAGUAGGAGCGAACGAGAAAAGGCCUCGGCAUUGAGUACCUUUGGUGACUUGGUGACACUCAUGAAAACUUCCCGGUUAUUGACGCCGAUGCGAACAAAAUUCAAUGAGGCGUCGCAAGAUGCAGCCUGGGCGUCUUGGAUUCAAGAUGAAGUCAGGAGACGCACCGGCUAUUGUAUAUGGCUUGUGGGUUGUACGCUUGCAUAUUACUUUGAUAAUCAACCUCUGCUUUCUCUAGAUGAUGCACAAGCUGCAUUGCCCGCGCAUGAUAAGCUAUGGCAAGCAUCCUCCGCCGAGACAUGGAAGCCGUUGUGGGCAAAGUCAAUUGCCAACGAAUCCUUAUACGACGCAGUCCACAUCCUCUACAUUGAGAAGAAAGUAGUAUCCGGCAUAGGAGAAUUUAGUCAUAUUCUACUCAUCCACGCUCUCUACCACAGAAUGUGGGAAGUAGGAGACUACUUCCGCCGCCCACUAUCAUUCUGGAAUCCGACAGCGAGGAAGCAAUCUUGCGAGACAGCCAUUCCCACAGGCUCAGUAUGGCUGCCAGGAAUCCCCUCGUACUCGAAAUGGCGCAACAGCGCAUGCGACUGCCUCGACAUCCUGCACUGGACCGCCAACAGCACCGUAGCCAAAGCUGCAGGCCUCGAGCACCCGACCAUCCUCCACCUCCACGCCGCCCGGCUAUUCAUUCUCGCUCCGUUCCGCGAGAUGCGCUCCCUCGCAACCUCCCUGGCAACAGAAAAGCAGCGUUGGAGCAAACGACACCAAACCCUCGAGUGGCAGUACAUUUGGCGUUGGAUGAAACAUGACCAAUACAAAGCCCGGCUUUCAAUUAUCCACGCUGGUGUCACUCUCUGGCACAUCCGUCGCUACUCAACCAACGCUUUCCACGAGCCUGUCGCGGCUUUCAUCGCUGUGCUGACGUUGUGGGCGUACGGAUCCUGUCACCCGCAUACGUCCCAUGAGUCCAGUCCGGGUGCAGAGCCGCUCCGCGAACCGAGUUUUAUUCAUCUUGAUCGGCCGUGCGAUGAUGAGCUUGUGCAGCUUUUUGUUCGUGAAGGUCAUGCUAUGAGAGGGAAUGUUACUGGUGUCGGUGAUAUAUGUGGGGCUGAGGGUCCGGAGAGGGUCCUGCGAGUCGGAUGUGAGAUUCUUUCGGGCUUGACGGCCUGGAGUGUUUCGAAGAGGUUUGUGGCAAUCUUGAUGCGGCUUGCAGAAUUGAGCUCGUAUAAUUCCUCUUGGGAACAGAAUUGCCGGCAUGAUGCUGAGCAUGUCUGA